AUGUCCUCUACUUCUGAACUUUAUAAUAAGAAGUGCUAUUGCAUAAAAUGCAGCAAUAAUCAACAAGGCUACAGCUUUGUUUCUACACGAACCCUUCAGCGUCACAAUAAAAGAGCAAAAUAUGAAGACAUGGAAAGAAGUGAAAGAACUACAUCAAACCAACAAACCGGACCCAUGGAAGCAAUGGGUGGUCAGACCAACUUGCCUGUUUGGGAAGGAGCCCCAAUUUCUGUCAAUGAGGUUGCUUUUAGCAAUGAGUCGAAUGGCAAAAGCAGUGAUGGUGAUAAAAAUGACAAUGACGAAGAAAGCAAUGGCGGUGAAGAAAGUGAAGACAAUGAAGAGAAUAUUGUUGAGAUUGAAGUUGAAGAAUUCGAUACUGAAGAUCCUUUUGCCACCCCAAAUAUGCCUGAAAAUUCGGUACACAGGUUCAUUGCUACUUUUGUGGUAAUGUUUGCUUCCCGCUAUGUGGUCAAUAAGGGCGCUGUUGUCUUGAUCGAGUUUAUCAACAAGCUCUUGUUGAUUUACAAGCAGGAUUUCCAAUUGCCUAAGUCUUAUGUAUAUCAGUCUCUUACACGUGCUCUUAAAAUUCUUUUCCUCCAUCCCAAUUUCAAGCAAAAGAUCAUGCACUGGAACCAAGAAUUCAAGAUCACUGAUACAUUGUGUGAUGUUUACGAUAGUGAAGCCUGGACUGAUUUGAAGGACAAUGAUGAUGAAAUUUUUGUUGAGCAUCCUCGUUCAUUGAUGCUGACAUUAAACAUCGACUGA